AUGGCCCAACAAACACUCAAACGCAUAAUCUCCGAGCACAAGAACCUCCAAUCCGAGCAACAUCUAAACAACUACACAGCAUGCCCAUCAGAAUCCUCACUAUUCUCCUGGACAGCAAUCAUCACCGCCCCUGCCACCUCCGCAUACCCCUCUCAAACCUUCCACCUUAACAUCAAUUUACCAGACACCUACCCCCGUCAUCCCCCCACAAUGACCUUUACAACUCCAAUCUUCCACCCAAACAUUGAAGCAAACGGGGAAGUGUGGCUAGCAGAAUUUCAAGCGCGGAAUUGGAGUCCUGCAUUUACAAUCAGGGUUUUGUUGAUUUCUUUGCAGGUUAUGCUUGGGGAGCCGAAUGUUGAGGAGGGUUGUGUGGGGAAUGAGGAAGCUGCGAGGUUGUGGAGGGAGGAUAGGGAGGGGUUUAUGGAAAAGGUGAGGAAUUGUGAUGGAGAUGUAUGA